AUUAGUAUUAAGUAGAAAAAUGGACUUUGAACAGAUUGCUAGUGAGAGCACCAACUGUAGUGCCUCGCAAUUUUGGAAAGCCAUCGCAAUCUGGAUGAAAAACCCACACGUUGUGAAUCGUAAAAUCCUGGCAUCUCAGGAACUAUUAGCGAUUGAAGUCAGUUGUAAUAUUCUGGAUAUUUUUGAGCGUAUUGAGAAGUUGCAGAUACACUCCAAUGAUUUUGAAUGUGACUUAACCUCAGGAAAUGUGAAAUAUUUGUUAGACACAUUAAAUAUCACUGAGUAUUACGAAUUACUUGAAUUUACCGAUUCAAUUGAAACGUUGGACGACAACAAAAUAUAUAUGCGUGUGACGAAAUUGCUGCCUCGCAAUCUGCAGAUAUUCUCGCCCACGCUGGAAUUUAUGUUUAUCGACAAGAAAUUGACCAAAAUUGUCAGUUUUCAGAAAUCGAUUGUCCAAGACAAACAGGCUGUAGGACCGAAUUCGAUCUACAGCAUACAGCAUCGUGAAUACACGUCCACGUGUUUAAGCGUGCGUAAAUCAGAUAAUGAAAAUCACGGCUAUUACGAAUGGUUGAAACGAAAGCUUUUACCGCGUUUAAUAAAGUGGAUGGAAAGCGAAAACGCUAUCAGUUCGAAAAUAAGUUCUCUGAGUCAUGUCUCCGUUGAGAAGUACACAUCGCUGUACAAUCAGCUGAAAAAGAAAUACGGCACAGAAAUGGUGAAGGUGUGGCCGGAGAACACGGAUCCGGCAAAGUUCGUUUACGAAGACGUCGCGAUCGCAACAUACCUGUUGCUGCUGUGGGAGAAGGAGAGGCAGGAAAAGGGCACGCAGGAACUGCAAUCAUUCCUCGAUCUUGGAUGCGGGAACGGUCUUCUCGUUCACAUCUUAUCGAGCGAGGGUCACCCAGGAACGGGAAUUGAUUUGCGCAAGAGGACGAUUUGGAAUUUGUAUCCGGAGAGCACUCACUUACAAGUCAGCUCUAUCGUUCCAUCUUCAAACACCAUCUUUCCCGGAGUGGACUGGAUCAUAGGAAAUCACUCGGACGAGCUCACGCCGUGGAUUCCCGUGAUCGCUGCGCGCAGCUCCUACGAAUGCCGAUUCUUCCUCUUGCCGUGCUGCGCCUACGAAUUCAACGGCAGCAAGUAUCAGCGGUGCAACGCCGCCGAGAGUCAGUACUCGGAGUACAUGUCCUACAUCAAAAGUGUAUGCGAAGGCUGCGGCUUUUUCACGCUGAUGGACAGAUUGCGGAUCCCGUCGACCAAGCGGACCUGUUUAAUCGGAUGGAAGAGGACUUACGCGAAGGAGGACACCGCGACACUGGACGUCAACAUCCAGAAGCUUAUAGACGCGAGAUCGACGAAUCAACGGACUGAAAACACGAAUCAAGUCUGCGAACAGUGGUCCGCGAGCUUCAGACCGAGAAGCCCGACGGAGCGAACGCGGAACUGCACGCAGCUAGACAGAGGAUUGAUCCUGGAUAUCGUCAACGCGGUCGUGGCGCAUCUGCUGCACGCGGGCCGCAAGAUACCACUGGAGCGACAACCCGGUGCCACGUGGAACGCCGGCAGACAGAUCGAGAUCGGCGAGCUGGUGAAACUGAUACCGCGCGAGACGCUGCAGCAGCUGCGAAACGAAUGCGGCGGCCUGCAAACCUUGCUGAAGAAUCACAGUAAUAUCUUCUGCGUCGUCCAGGGGAAGGUGCAGUUCAGGAUUCCCGGCACCGUCGACAAAAGGAAGAGGAGGAGGAAAAGCGGGAAAGCACCGUUGAGGAAGGUGAAGCCCUGCUGGUUCCACAAGAACCAUCCCGACGGAUGCCCCGCCCUCGAGACCGACUGCGACUUCCAGCACUGAGUUCCUUCGUUGCUCAUGUUGUUUUGCGUACGUUGUUUUGAGAGUUUCCAUAUAUCUAUGUUGAGCCAAACGCGGUGGUGUAUAUAACAAUAUAUAUUUUUAUUUUAAAUAAAAGAAGAUAAAUGUCA